AACAGUCUUCACAUUGAAAGUAGAGUUGGGGAGAAAAGGCGGUAAAACAAAAUCAUAGUAACCAGUCAAAAUGCCAAAGGUAUCAAAGAAAAAGAAGGACCCAAACAAGCCAAAGGGCAAGAAAGGAGCGUACAUCUUCUUUCUUGAGGAGAGACGGUCAGAACGCAAGGAUGAAAAACUAUCAUUUCCAACGCUUUCAAAGGAGACUUCGGAGGAAUGGAAGCAUCUAGGUGCAAAGGAGAAAGAGAAGUUCGAGAAGCUGGCCUUGGCAGACAAAAAGAGGUACGAAGAGGAGAUGGCUGACUACUCUCCACCUUCCUCUGAUGACGAGGAUGAUGGAAAGAAAAGAAAAAGAAAGAAGAAAGAGAAGGAUCCAAAUCAACCCAAGAGGAAUAUGUCAUCAUACUUCCAUUUUUGUGGUGAAAAACGCGCAGCAGUACGUGAAACCAACCCUGGUCUAUCUGUUGCUGAAAUAGCUAAAAUUUUAUCUGAAUUGUGGAAAGAAUUAACAGAAAAACAAAAGGGUAAAUAUGAAGAACUGGCUCGUAAAGAUAAAGAGAGGUAUUUGAAAGAAAUGGAUGCAUACAACAGUAAAGGGAAAAAAGUGAGAGUUGAAGAGUAGGGAUGUUGCUUUAUAGCUUCUAUUUUGCAUUCUGAACUUUACAAUCUGAUGUAAAUUUUCAUCGAGAAUUGUAAUCAAUACUCCAUUCGGAUAUAUUUCACCAUUAUCGUGGUGAUGGUUUUCACCUAACUCUAUAGCACUGACUUUAAAAGUAAACGUUGCAUUUUAUGUUAUUUGUUAUGCAUUGUAAAUAAUGAAAAAAAAAUUUGUCUUGCCACUGGAAAUAAACAGCUAUCCCUGGGUUUAAAUCAUUCUAUAAUUCACUUUUAUGUACCUAUAAAGACAAUCAUGUAAUGCAAAUUUGUUGGCUGUGGAUAAAAUUCACCCCAGUUGAAAAGUGUCUAAUUAAAAUACAGCUAUGAGCAUGUGCAGGCUUUCAUGGCUGGCAUCUACCAUGUUUCAAUCUUUUGAUUUACAACAAUCCUGUUGCCAAGCCCCGAUCAAUCACAACAACCCAUCAACAAUUUAAAUUGUGUAAAGAAAUUAUCUAGCUAUCAAGUACUUCAUGAUGAUUCAUAAAAACCCAUUCUUUUGUUCUCAUAUAAGCAAGAAAUUUUUAGUGGCAAGUGCAUUAUAUGUUACAUUCCUUGUUAUGGCUUAAAAACUUGUAUCUGUUUGAACAACAUUUGAUAAAUUGUUGCUUCCAGUUACUUUGUGUCGAUAUGUAAAUGUUAAAAUAUGUUUUUAUGCACAA